AUGGCUUUCUGCACCAAACUCGACUUCUUACAAAACACAAGUGUUCCAGUUACAUCAAUGCUCGGUUCACUCCGUUACAUGUCCACAAAGCUCUUCAUUGGUGGCAAUAAGGUGGUGAGCCGAUCUGUAUGGAAAGAUCCGUUCGUCGACGCGUUCUUGAUGAAGAAAAAAAACGCAGCUCUGAACAGGAAAAUAUGGUCGAGGAGAUCGACUAUUCUGCCAGAGUAUGUGGAUUCGUCUGUGAGGAUCUAUAAUGGGAAAACUCAUGUGCGUUGUAAGAUCACAGAGGGGAAAGUUGGGCAUAAGUUUGGAGAGUUUGCGUUUACAAGAAAAGUGACCAAACAUCCUAGAGCAAAAUAA